AUGGCAGCUACCAAGCGCAUCGAGAAAUGGGAGAUUGACCGCUACUGGGAGAUCUUCUCGUCACUGGUGCAGCCGCCCGCGACGUCCUCUUCACACCUGACGAACCAAGCGGCGGCCAACGUGCUGCGCAACUCGCAGCUGCGCGAUGACCAGCUAGAGCGGGUGUGGGACCUGGCGGACGUCGACGGCGACGGCGAGCUGGACUUUGAAGAGUUUUGUGUCGCCAUGCGGCUGAUAUUCGACCUGGUCAACGGAGAGUAUCAGGACGUGCCCAAGAGCUUGCCGGACUGGCUCGUCCCCGAAAGCAAGGCACACUUGGUCGCCGCGAACCGAGCCUUGUCGGGCGGCAGCCACGGGGAGCGGUUCGAGAGAAUCGAGGAUGACGAGGACGAUGCUGGCCUAAAAGACGGCUUCGAUUGGUACAUGAGCCCCGAAGACAAGCACAGGUACGAGGAGAUCUACUCGGCCAACAAAGAUCGGAGGGGCGACAUCAGCUUUGAGAGCCUCCAUACACUGUACGCCAGCUUGGAUGUGCCGGACACGGAUAUCCGCAGUGCCUGGAACCUCAUCAACACCAACGGCCGGGACUCGAUAUCCAAAGAUGCCUGUCUGGCCUUUCUGCAUAUCCUCAACUAUCGCCAUGAGGGUUAUCGGAUACCACGCACGGUGCCGCCCAGCCUGCGAGCCAGCUUCGAGGGCAACCAGAUUGACUAUCAAAUCGACAGUUUGAGGAACCGCCCCAACAAGUACGACGAGGACACUCCUACGGGUCGAAAAGCCAAGUUCGGCGAUGCAUAUCUAAGUCGGCUUGGAGCCAGGGGAAGUUCGGCCUACACGCCGAAAGGAACGGACUUUUCGGAUGUUGUUGAAGACGAAGACCUGGAGAAGGUCCGGCUUUUGCGUGAGCUGCGCGAGGUGGAAGCACAACAUGAUGCAGCCACCGCAGCCGCGGAGCGUCGACGGAAGCAAAGACAGGAGAAUGGGGGACCUCGACAGUCUGGGAAGACUAAUUGGACACUGGUCAAACGAGAGGCCCAGCAACUGCUCGAGUACAAGCAACGGCAGUAUGUGGAAUUGAAUUCGGAGAAUGCAAACAAAUCAGGAGGUGACCUCAAGAGACUUAGGGAGGAUCUGGCAUUGGUCGCCGAACAGAUAGAUGGGCUGGAGUCGCAUUUGAAGAAGCGGGAGGCGGAAUUGGAGAAUCUUCGCCGGGAGAUCGAGAGCGAGAAGGCGGGCCGAUGA